ACAGAUUCUUGUUGUCCAGAUGUGAUCCGCGAUGUCUGAGAGCUACGACUACCUCUUUAAGUUCCUGGUGAUCGGCUCUGCGGGCACAGGAAAGUCAUGUCUGCUCCACCAGUUCAUCGAAUCCAAAUUCAAAGAGGACUCAUCCCACACAAUUGGCGUUGAGUUUGGCUCGAAGGUUGUGCCCGUGUCCGGAAAGCAGGUGAAACUGCAGAUUUGGGACACUGCUGGUCAAGAGCGUUUCAAGUCAGUAACCCGAUCAUACUAUCGAGGUGCGGCCGGCGCCCUCCUGGUCUAUGAUGUGACGCGUCGGGACUCGUUCAACGCCCUCGCAAAUUGGCUAGCUGACGCCAGGUCGCUCGCCUCACCCUCCAUUGUUGUUCUCCUGGUGGGCAACAAAAGUGACCUGGAGGCACAGAGGGAGGUCACAUUCCUCGAGGCAAGCAGAUUUGCGCAAGAGAAUGAACUGAUGUUUUUGGAAACGUCAGCCAAGAGCGGCCAAAAUGUGGUCGAAGCGUUCACAAAAUGCGCCAAGGCCAUUGUGACAAAGAUCGAAUCUGGCGAACUCGACCCCGAUCGAAUCGGCUCGGGAAUUCAGUAUGGAAACCUGAGGCCUACAAGGAACUCAACCUCAGCGGCUACUGGCCGCUCCUGCCCAUGCAGGGUAUAAACUGUUCAAAUCAAUUGAAAGCAUUACAAAUUAAUUUUAUUAUAAAAUGUCUAGGGAAGCUUCUUUGUUAUUCUUUUAUAUAUUUUUGAAUUGAAUUAUAAGUAUGUAAGUUAAUGAGAAAAAAAUUAAAAUUGAAUAAAAUGUAUUUAUCUACGUACUAAGUGCAGAA